CGUUUUGGAUCACUCAAAUCCCUCCAAUUCAACUGGAAAGCUGCAGCUUGUCGCACGCGGGGCGCGCAUACGGAGAGGAAACAGUCCAGAGAGGGCAUCAAGCAAAGAACAGGCGAAAGUGGCUGAUGUGACAGAGCAAAAGAAAGAGGUGGAGAGAAACCACAACACUGCAACUUGGAUAUCCGUAACCGCUCUCUCUCUCUCUCUUUAACUCUCACACCCACCAAAUCGACUUUGAACCUGUUUGUUUAAAUACACGGACUUUACAGCGUGCACACUUACGGUUGGUUCUGAAAGGAGCGGAGUUUCUCAGUGUUGGCCAGUGUUUUUGGAGAAGCGAAAACUUUUUGGUAUCCUCAUGGUGCCUCAUGGAGCUGAGGAGCUGAUCUUCAUUUAUCCGAAUUUUUCGGACGUGGUGUUGCAACUCUCACGCAUUAUGGAAACUAAACCGAGGAGGUUCUGAAGUCAUCUCUCUCUCCCCCGGGAGAGUCCUCCCUCCCCCCGGGGCGAUGCAGAUCUCCCUCUUUCCUCUCACCCCCUCUCUGUGUGCCUUGGUCCUCCUCCUCCUCGCACCUGCCACGGAGGGCUGCGGGCCGGGGAGGGGAUACGGCAAGAGGCGGCUCCCGAAGAAGCUGAUCCCGCUUGCCCUCAAGCAAUUCAUCCCGAACGUCGCUGAGAAGACCUUGGGAGCCAGCGGGAGGCCGGAGGGCAAAAUUACGCGCAUCUCCGAGCGCUUCAAGGAACUGAAGCCGAAUUACAACACAGACAUAAUCUUUAAAGAUGAGGAGGACACGGGCGCCGACAGGCUCAUGACACAGCGUUGCAAAGACAAGUUAAACUCAUUGGCCAUCUCCGUGGUGAACAUGUGGCCAGGUGUGAAGCUAAGAGUGACAGAGGGUUGGGAUGAGGACGGUCAUCACUCAGAAGACUCACUGCACUAUGAGGGACGUGCUGUCGACAUCACCACCUCAGACAGGGAUAGAAAUAAGUAUGGCAUGUUGGCCCGCUUGGCUGUAGAAGCUGGAUUUGACUGGGUCUACUACGAGUCCAAAGCCCAUAUUCACUGUAGCGUCAAGUCGGAUCACUCUGUGGCAGCCAAAACUGGUGGUUGUUUCCCUGGUGAUGCUCAGGUUAUCCUUGAAGGUGGUGCUACCAAACAGAUGCGUGACCUCCUCCCUGGCGAACGCGUCUUGGCUUCAUCAACAAUAGACGACCACGCUCUGCUUCUCUACAGCCCUGUUGUGUCCUUUCUGGAUCACCAGCCCAAUGUCACAAAGGUUUUCUACAUUAUUGGCACAGAUGUGGGACUUAACAUUACGCUCACAGCUGCUCACCUGAUAUUUACCACGGACUGUGCAGGUGGACUGAACAAGUCAGGGUGGGGAGAAACAGCUCAACAGACACUUUUUGGCUCUUUAUGGGAGGGUAGGCCAAGUCGUGGAGCAGGUCUGAGGACCGUUUUUGCCAGUGAGGUCCGGCCGGGACAGUGCAUUUUCACGUCGACAGGGGACACAAAAUCACAUGCAAGACUUUCAGUUGUUACCUUUGUGAAGGAGCAGAGGAGCACUGGGUUAUAUGCUCCACUUACCCAGCAUGGUUCUAUAGUGGUUAAUGGUGUGCUGGCAUCUUGCUAUGCUGCUGUGGACAGUCACCAGUUGUCCCACUGGGUAUUUGCCCCGGUAAGACUCUUUUACAGCCUGAUGGGUCCUUUCCAAAUGCAGAAUGAUGGGCUGCAUUGGUACCCUUGGCUUCUACAGAGGUUAGGGAAAAUACUGCUGGAUGCUGGACACUUCCACCCCUGGGGUAUUGAACAAUGACAUAUAGGAGCCACAGAAACAUGGUUCAGACUGAUAACUCCUUUCAUUUCCCUGUAUUCAGAGAUACAAACAAACAGCACAACUCUCUUUCAGUUUUAAAGGCAGCCACUGAGGAACCACCGAAUAUAACUAUUAACAGUGUAAAUAAAUUUUCUACGAACUCUAAUUGCCUUUAUUUUCUCUACUUUCAUAAACCUUUUUUAAUGUUCAAAAGAUUGAGAUAGGACAGUUUAGAGGACUAAAGAGACUUCUAUUUGACAUAAAAUCUGACACACUUCUGCAAGAGAGUCAUAAUUCUGAAAUUCUGAAAAAAAUAGUGACAAAUAUUUUUAUGUGUACUUUCAUAGGUAUGGUUAUCUGUCAAAACUGCUAAGGGAUCAAAAGUAAUUCAAAAUGAAAGAUUUU